UUAAAUUAUAUAUUAUACUUUUAAGAGUUUCACAAUAUUAAAAAUGAUAAUAGCAAUUGUACUCGCAACUAUUCCAGCCGCAGCUUAUCCGGAUCCUUUCAAUUUGAACAACGUUUUAAAUUGAAAUUAUUAUUUUUUGAUUUAUAAUAAAAAAAUAAUUAAAUACAUUGGACAGAAUUAAUAAUACCCUAAUGCAAAAGCAAACUAAAGAUUAACAAAGAGGGAAAAUGCGGCAAAUAUUUGAAAGACUGGUGGAGCCUUACGUUUGGCUUAGUGGAAAACCCGCCAAAUUCGGUUAAUCCUACAAAAUUAGCCGAAAACCCCACCUUAAAGAAUUUUUCCAAAACAGUCGCUAUAUUUGAAUUUAUCCAUUUUUAUAGUUUUUUCCCAAUCACGUCAAACUUAACAUUAACAAUUCAGAUUCUGCCUUCCCUGCUCUUUCUUUCCUUCCUUGCACUAUUCUUUUGCCAUCUUUCCUUGAAAGUUUCAUGCAUUAGUUUUCUCUCCUUUUCUGAGUUUUUUCUCAUUCAUGAUUUGCCGCUUUUAGAAUGAUUCAGCAUUGGUUUGGGUUCCUUGGUAAUUUCAAAAUACAAGGCUUCUUUGGUUGCAUCCACCAAGUUCUAUCUCUAUACCUAAAGAGCCAAGAACUCAACUCCAAGCACUGGAAGAAUUAUCCAAGAAAUAGAUCUUGAUACGUUCUGAGAUGCAACAACAUCCUCGGCUACUUGAGAAAGAAAGAUUGGCUGCAACAGAAGGAGAAAGAGAUAGAAUCUGCAAUGAGCUUAAAGAGAUGAACAAGGCAGCUGAUGAGGGUAAUGGUAAACUAACUGAAGCAAUGUCCAACGGAAAGGUUGCUGGUGUAUUUUCAGAGCUGAAUUCGGCGAUUGAUUCCUUAUUAAAUUCCAAUGAAGAGUUGAAGAUCAAAGAAUUAGCCAUUAAAUCUUUGAAAGCUGAACUCGAAAAAACCAAGGAGCUAGAGACUAAAUUGGCAGAGAAAGAUGCCUCGUUAGAGAAAUUAAAAGAGGAACUGAGCAAGGCUCAAUCCUCUGAGGCUCGUGCAUGGGAUUUGUUGUCUAAAAGCAAGGAAAGAGUUUAUGAACUAGAAUCGGAAUUACAGAAAGGAAAGGAAUCAGAAACAAAAAUAUUAAAUUAUUUUGCUGUACAAACAAAAGAGCUUGAGCAAACCAAGAUAUUGCUCGAAGAAUCGAAGCUUGAAGCCACUUCCCUCCAUGAUGAAGUAGAUAAAUUGGGGGGUUCACCUGACAAGAAAAGCAGUAAUGGAGAUGAAUCUCUAUUUCAAGGUGAACCAGAAAGUCUUAAAUCUGAACUUCGGUUAGUGAGAACUAACCACGCUCAAGCUCAAGAAGAUGCAAAACGUUUGGCGAAGAAGAUUGAAGGGUUGCUUAAAGAGAUAGAAUUGCUCAAAAAUGAAUUGAAGCAAGCGGUUGAAGCAGAAGAGAACAGCAAGAAGGCAAUGGACGACUUAGCAAUAGUAUUAAAAGAAGUCGCAACAGAAGCAAACCAAACAAAGGAGAAGCUCAUUGCAAAACAAGAUGAGCUUGAAAACUUCAAAAAGGAAUCGGAAGAAUUGAAAGAGAAGUUCAGGGAGUCGGACGUAAAGCACAGGAUUCUCUUUGAGGAAGCAAAGAAAGAAGCUGAUCUAUAUAGAAAUACAGCAGAUAGAUUGAGAUUAGAGGCAGACGAGUCGCAUCAAGCAUGGAACGCAAGAGAGACAGGCUUUGUUGAUUGUAUCAGGAUAGCUGAAGAUGAGAAGAUUGUGGCACUAGAAGAGAAUCAUAAACUUCUUGAAGCACUUGCAACUGCUGAGAACAUGACGAAGACAGCUAAACAAGAGAAUCAGAAGUUGCGCGAUAUACUUAAACAAGCACUGAAUGAAGCUAAUGUUGCCAAAGAAGCUGCAGGAAUCGCCAGGUCUGAAAAUUCCCAGCUCAAGGAUUUGUUAGCUGAAAAAGAUGAUGCUUUGACUUUCAUCACACGGGAGAACGAAAACCUAAGGAUUAAUGAAGCUGCAGCAAUGGAGAAUAUCAAAGAAUUGAAGAGACUACUCUCUGAAGCAUCAGGAAAAGAAUUUAAACCAGAAGAAAAGGAACAAGAACGUAAGCUAAAGCCGCAGACUUCAGCAGAUAAAGAGCAGCCAAAAGAAAGGAAAUUGAGCAAUGCUUUCAGCCUUAAUCUGAAAGAUCUAAUAAUCCACACUUUACACUAUACCCAUGAUCAAGAUAAAAGAAAUAAUGAAAAACACAACGGAACAGAAGAAGAUGAAGACUCGGAGAAUGCUGACCCUCUUAAAGGAUCAAUAUUUGAUGUAGCAGAAUCACCAGUAGCAGCACAAACUCAUCAUAUUAAUCAUCACCAUAGAAGAAAGUCCUCUAUAUUUGCAGAAGAUGGAGAAGCAAUAAAUCCUGAUGAUCUGGAACAACUAGACGGGGUUCAUAUGGAUGAUGUGGAGAAUGAAAGGAAUCCCAAAAAGAAGAAAGCAUUGCUGCGAAGAUUCGGAGAUAUUAUAAUACGAAGAAGAGGAAUCCAUCGAAGGGAGUCCUCCAUUGGAGGAGUGGAAGGUCACAAGAAAGAAUUGUCAGUUGUUAGUGAAGGGGGUCAUAAAACGGAAGUAGCAUCACCAGGCGGUGGUGAUCAAGGUCACAGGAAAGAAUCUUCAGAGCCUGCAGUUGGUGCUGGAGAUCAAGGCCACAGAAAGGAUUCUUCAAUUGCUGAAUAAAUAUUUAUGCAUAUUCAUGGUAGAUUGAAAGCUUUGCUUCAUUCAAUUUGAACUUUAAAGUAGUAGAUCAUUCUUUUCGUCUUUUGAACUUCAGGGUGAAUUAUUUAAAAAAAAAAAAAAGAAAAAGAAAUGUGAAUAUAUAUUAUACACACAAACAAACACACACUUAUCAACAUCUUUGUUAAAUGUACUUGGAGAAAUAAGAAUAAAGUUUCAUAGAUUGAGACCUAA